AUGUCAUCUCUGGAGAACACUGCUGCCCUGAUGGAGUCUGCAGCUGAUCAGAAGACACUGAUCACAGAAAAGCUGAACUUGAUCAUCGGAAAGUCAGUGGACAUCUCCCAUUUGACCUUGGCAGAUUCUACAAUGUUAUCUGACUUAAAGGAGAUAGAUGACAGACUGCAGGCUGAAAUCAGGAAGGUAUCAGAACAAAGCAUUGAAGAGGAAAGACAAAGGCCAGAAGCCACAUCCCUGUCACCCAUCUGCCAGGCACUCCACUGCAGUGUCCAUCAUCUCAAGCAGCUCAGACAGCAGCUGGGGAAAGUUCAGUCAGUUGCUGAGGCUCUGGAUCACUUCCUGGCCACAGUGAGAGAAGUCAAGGCUGAGAUCCCAACCCUGCUGGCAAACCAGGAUCCGAACAGGCAGAAAAAUGAGGCCAACUGGGAGCAGGGUAGACAUUCUUGGCAGGCAGCAAUGCAGAGGUUGCAGGCUGCUAUGAAACAAUCUGAUAGUGUUGACAGUAGUUUAAAUGCAGUGGGCAUGACUCUGACCAUGGAUGGUACUAAUGUGACAUGUCAGGAUGUGGUGAAAUCCAUGUCUAAAUGUGUUGUGGAGAUGGAGAAAAAAAUGGUGAUAGCCAGUAAAAAACAAAGAGAGGAAGAACUUUUUUUUCUGGAAAAGGUAAAAAUACUGGAACAUGAGAAGCUGAAUCCUGUGGAGAUUUGUGUGAUGAAAAUUGGGAAUAAUUUUCCAAAGCAAAGCAGGGCACAGGAGUAUUCCACACCAAGUGGGACAGAAAAUGAGUUGGCACUGGAGCCUAAAAGGAGUAGGUUGGAAGGAGAGAACUACAUAAAGACACAACGAGAGGAAGCUCAAACAAUGAAACCUGACAAUACUUUAAGAACCAAGGAACAGAGACCAAGACAAAGAAGCAGCCAGAUUAAGAAAGAGGGAGAAGAGAAGCAGAGUUUGGUCCAGAGGAGAACUGCCUUGCUUGCAGCAAUGAGGGAGAUGAAGACUACAGCUGAGCAGCUGAGGCUCCAGGAGCCUAGUCUACCUGCUCUGCAACAGAGGACACGUGCCUUGACAGAGUUAGAGAGUUCUCUUGCUGGCCUCCUCUCUGAGGUACAGUACAUACAAGAUGCAACUUCACAAUCAGGAAUCCUUGAUGAAGAUCACAUCAGAGAGAUGGAAGAUCUUUGGGAGGAGACAACAAAAGCUGUAACUGAACGGCUGGAACAGUGUUGUGUAGUAACAGAGCUGCUGAGGAAGUUUCAGAGUCUUCAUGGUGAGCUGAGUAUGACACUGCAGAGAGCAGAAAACAUCAUCAGUAAUAAAGCCUCUUACAUGGGAAAAGAUAACCUGCAGAGACUACACACUAAGGUCCAGGAAAUCAAAGUUGAACUGAAUGGCCUUGGGGACAGCAUAGAGGAGAUCCGGAGCAUCAGCAGGCAGCUUCACACUCGCCUACGUCAGAUACCAAACUGCAGCAGCAUCCCAUUUGAGAGUGAAGCUGAUGCUCUCAUGGAUCAGUGGCUGGAUUUGUCGGAAAGAACAGAUUCUUAUCUCGAAAAUUUGCAUGUUGGCUUGGCUCUGUGGGAUGGAGUCCUUCAGCUGGGGACAGAAGUGGAGAGCUGGACAAACAAUACACUCACAGUGUUUGCUCAGUGUCCAUCCUUUCAGACUGAGGAUGACAUCAAAUCAUUGAAGAAUGAGAUUGCAACUCAGGAGGAGAGCAUACAGCGUUUCCAAAGAAGAGCCACUGAGAUUCAGUCACUGCUUCAAAGUACAGAGCCUCCACUGGAGCUACAGGUGGUGGAUACCCAGGUGAGGAAAAAGAUAGAACAGCUGAAAGAGCUUGUUUCUGAAGCUGAAGAUGUGUACAGACAGAUGGUGACUACUAAGGGGCAAAUUACUGGGAGAAUGGAAGAAUGUCUGACUUCCCUCCAGAUGAUUCAAGAAUCACUCCUCACUCUUAGUGGUCCCAGUGUUGCAGCAGUCCUGGCAAAACUUAAGGAACUAUGUUGGCAGCUUCACACCCAGGAUGAGCACGCAGAGAGUCUGCAGGAGGAUGUGCGUGUUAUAACCUCCAUAUCAGGUCCAGAGAGCCUUCUGAGUCUGUCUGUGAAUGAGAUUCAGCUUCAAGAGCAAGUCCGAAACACUCAUCAGCUUUUCUCCAAAGUAGAAGAACAGACUGAGAAGAACAUCCAGGAUCUCGACAGGCUGCAAACAGAGACUGACCAUCUGGAACAAUGGCUUCAUGCUGCUGAGGAAAAAACAGCAAAGGAGGAGGAUCUUAGUCACUUACAAGAGGAAGCACUUCAACAAAGCAUGAGGACAGAGCUCCUCAGUCAACUUGUUUCUUCUUUACGAAGCAGCAACCUUCAUCAGUUGGCGCUGCUGAAAGUGAGUGGAAAGCUGAUAGAACGAUACCACAACUUCCACACUCACUUAUUAGGGGACCUAAAUGGGAUGCAGUUCUCUCUGAGCAAGGACAUCGAGGCAUUUCAGGAUUUAGCCAAGUCCACACAGUCAUGGGUCGAGGAUCUGAGACAAAUUGUUGACUCUCCUCUUGUUAAAAGCCCUGGGAGCCUGAGUCCUAUAGAGCAGAGACUUCACUGUGCUCAAGUUGUGUUAAACGCGACAACAGAGGGGGAGACUCGCCUUGAAGAGCUCAGAGUUACUGGAGACAGUUUGAACUGCAAACUGUUGACUGGAGAUGACCUGAAACACGGAAUUCAGGAAACCAUUCAGACAACAGAGGAGCAGUGGAAGAACCUUCUACAGUCAGUUGAGCCUCACUACAGUGUUCUCCAAGCUGAUCCACAGCUCACUUCUAUCUACCUGGCCCGGAGACAGGAGGCCUGCCUCAGAGUGGAAGAGCUGCACCAUCAAACUGAUCAGCUUCCCAUUUUAUUCCCAUGGCCUGGCACAGCUGAGCGUACACAAACCUGCCUUCUUGCCCACGAACUAUGGGAGGAAGCUAAUUCCUUGCAGUUAACACUCACCAGCCUGUCUGAACAGAGAAAGGAGCUGGCUGAUAGAACCAGCAAUUCCAUCUGGAAAGAUCUCCUCUGGAAUGAGGUAGACACUCGCUGGUCUUCACUGAUGGCUAAGCUGAAGGGUGUGAGCUCCUGCCUCGAGGAAGGUGUGAGUAAUGAGCAACACUUUAGCCAGUUGCUGCAGGACUGCCAUCAUAAAUUGGCAUCCCUACAGGAAAGGAUGUCAGUCUGUCAAGCCAAAAAAGAAAGUUCAGCUGGACUAAAUACUGAUGCACCAGGUCUGGAGGCUUUGCUAGAAGAAAUAACAGACAUUGAAAAAGACAUUUUAGAACUUGCAACACUCAAGGACUCUAUCAUAGUCAGUUCCACAGGGGAGGCUCAGGCAAGUCUCUCUCAGCAAGUCAGCAAUCUCCAAUACCACAAGAGGGUGCUAGAAAAUGACAUCAGAGAAAAUCUAGGACUCUUUAAUAGGAAUCAAAGAAUUCAGCAAAUGAAAGAAGAAGCCUCCUUUUUACAGAGAGCACUGAAAGACCUGACUGAAAAUGUAGGGGAUCUGUGUGGGACCCUUGAAGUGUUGCCUGAUAUCAUCCAUCUGAAACAACAGUGGUGUGCUAUAAAGGACUUGGACAUCAUGCUAACAGAGUUGGACACAAGAGUUAACAAACUGCAAAGGACAAAGGAAUCAAGCAUGAUGCAGGAAAUUCUUCCCGCAGAGAUCAUUUCGAAUAUCACUGCACUUUUUAAGGAUCUUGGCAGCCUCACAUCUAUUUUUCAACAAAAGAAGAAGGAAUGUGCAGAAAACACUGCCAACAAGAUGACAGAGGUCAUCAGCCAACUGCAGCAGUGGAGCCAGAGAACACAAGCCAAGCCAGCAUUACUCAGCCAGGCAGCUCUGGAUGAAGGUUUGCAGCUUCAACAAGCACUUUAUGAAGUGCUCUCAGAAAAACACUUUGUUCUGGACUGCCUGGGAGCAAAAGUGACAAAGGAAUUGGAGGAAAGUGCUUCAAGUGUUCUUAAUGAAAGUGAAACUACAGUUGAAACCCUCUCUAAACGCCUGGUCAGUCACAGUGGCAGUGAUGUGCAACUAGAAAAUGUAGAGCUGUUGAGCAGAAGUAAAAGUAAAACACCACAGUCAUCUUCAGCUGAUGAAACUUCAGUCAUGGGUCCGUCUUCUGCAACAGACAUCAAGGAAAACUCAGAAAGGUGUCAGAAUGACAACAAAAUGAGCACUAACGUCACUUUCCAUGCUUCAGAAACAAGUCAACCUUCCACUGAGCCUGUCACAGACAUGUCAGAAGGAUUAAAUGUGGAAGCUGAUGCCAGCAAGCAAGACAAAGCAUACAUUCCAAUGCAAAAAGUAGGCAUUUCUGUCAUGGGUGCGAGUCGCCUUACAGAAAAAGAUGAUGACGCCUUCGUCCCUAUUCAAGUCCCAGGUUCAAAAAUUUCAGAUGUUUUACACUCAAAGGCCCAGCAAGAAUCACACCACUUAACAUUCACUCCCCAAAAUCUAAACCUGAAUAUUGGGUCAAAAGCUGAUAAAGGAAGAUUGUACACUGACACCAGCCCUCAAAGCAGCAAGCACAAGACACUCUCUGGAGAUAACACACAGAUGUUAAGGUUAGACUUGCUUCCCACUCUCAAUAAGACCUUAACAACUCAGGAAGCAAACACUCAACCAUUGGAGGCAGACACUGCUUUGCCAAAGCCAGAAGACAGUUCUGUUUCUACCACUGAAAAUCUGUCUGAGCAUCUGACAGUACAGCCAGAGAUCACUACAAAUGCCAAAUGCCAGGACAUCGGUGUGACCACAAAGAAAGUGUUUACAAUUGUGUUGGAUGUAGAGCCAAUGGACAUACAGCGAAGCGAAAAUGCUAGUGCCUCCAAUCUAGAUGCACGGAGAUGUUCUCCAGAAACAGAGCUGUGUAAUGCAGCAUUCACAGAAUUGCCAAAUACAGGAUUCCCUGACAAGAAACCUGAACCCUUUACAACUCCAGUUAGCCUAGAAUCAGACAUGAACAGCUGUCAUUUAGCAGCACAGUCAGAGACAUUUACGGCAGUCACUAAUGCUCAACAACAACAAAUGCACUGUGAGGAUGUCUGUUGGAGCCCAGACAAAAUAUUUACUAUAGUGUUGGAUAUGGAGCUGCAGCCAUGGGACAUGCAACAAAGAAAAAUUGAAGGAGCCAGCAGUCCAGAUGUGCACAGAUGUUCACAGAGAGUGGAGCUCUGUGAUGCACAGCUCACUGAAGUUUCAAACGAGGGAUUCCCUGAAAAAAAAUCAGGUCUCAUUCCCACAUUAAGCAUUCCUGUAUCAGAUAAAACAGAUUUUAAAAGCCAUUACUUGAGUUCUGAACCAAACUCUUUGAUGUUAGCAGAUGCAGAGCUUGAGGAGGUAACAUCUGCAAGUGCCAAACUUCCACGUAAAGAACACCACAUAGUGUGCGAAUUAAAGCAUAAUGAGGUGUUGACUUCCAUCAAAUCAUGUAACACUGUUGCUGAAUACCAGCUCACUCAUACAGAUGCAACAGAAACAACAUUUCCAGAUGUCAAACAGGAAAAGAUGACAGAUUUCUGUCAUUCUGAGAAACAAACAGUGGGCUCAGUGUUGUUCAGUGUUGAGGAUUCUGUACAACAUGGAGAGGAACAGGUGACGGUUGCUGAUCCUGCACUGAACACGAAGACAUCAAAUGAGGAGAUAGAAGAAGGAAAAAACACAGAAGAAGCAAAUGACACGGAAUGCAUAGAAAGCAACCACUCAAAAGUGACAGAGAGACGAGACAUUGCUACGCUAUCAGAAGAAAAAAGUGAAUGGACGUUGCCUGCAGCGCUGGGGGAUAUGGGGGCAACACAGGGACAGAACCAAGAAAGCAUGGAGCCAGAGAGGACAGCGCUGUGUCUAUCAGCUGAUCUCGCUGCUGCAGAGACAAUAGGUGGAUCAACAAAGUCCUCCAAACACAGGUCCACCAUGCAGGAUGUUUUGUCUGAGAUCCAAAGCUUGGUCGAAAGAAGUAACAUAAUAAAUAGAACACCGCACAUUGAUUUAAACUGGUAUCUGAAGUCCUCUCUUGGUGAACCAGAGAUUAGGUUGGUACGGACUGUUCAACAAAUUUUGGCAUGUCGUUAUCAACCAGCACAACUCAGUGUCCCAGCUAUGACCAAACAACUGAGUGAGGCAGAGGAAUACAGGCACUGUGUGCAGCAGCAAGUGGCUACAAUGAAAAACAUAAGUACUACUGUGGUUUGUGACCCAAAUGCCUUAAAGAAAGCUGAAGGUCAAUGGAAUGCUGCACUGCUCGAUGCCUCUGCCACCGUGCAAGUUAAAGCUGCACAGCUGGAUCAGGUCAAACAGUACCAUAGACAGAUGAAGAUCACCAGAGCUUUUCUGGAGGUUUUAGCUGCUGAGAAAGAAAAAAUGAGCUUAAAUGCUUUGGGAAGCAGUGCCCUUCAGGCUGAAAAACUCCAUGUUCUGUUGCAAACCAUGGAGAAGAAGAAAGGCAUGAUGGAAGACUUACUCCGAUGCAGCGGCCAGUUGUCAGUCCACUUGAGUGAUGCUGAAAGUUCAGGUGCUCUUCUCGCUCAGCUUGGAGAUGUUCAGGAGGAAUGGAGACUUCUAGAAGGAAAGAUGGAGCAACUCCACAUUAGCAUCCUCAGCCAGUUGCUGGUUGGAAGAGCUGUGCUGGAGGCUCAGGCCCAACUCAGGCUGGAGACCUUGCAGAGGUGUGAAAUAAGACAACAAAGCCACAGAAAGUGUCACGAAGACAUCCGACAGCAUCUUUCAGGGUUUGAAGCCAGGCUUUCAGAAUGUGCUACAGAACAAGUGGUGUCAUAUGACAAAUGCGUUGCCCAGCAAAGAAAAGUUAAGCUUCUGAUGGAAGAUAUUCACUGCCUUGCUGGGAUGAUAGAGGAGCUGAGAGCUGGAUGUCCGAUGCAGGGUUGUGGGGUUGGAAAGGACGGCGAGCUUGGUGCUCUCUGGAGACGAUGGGUAUCAUCACGACGAGGUGUCGGCCUCCUGAUGGCACACACAGAACAGAGAGGAGAGGAAUGGAAGGACAUUACUACAAGUAUGGAGCAGUGUUGCAGCUUUUUGACCAGUCUUCAGGCUGAGAUUCCAGACUCUUCCAUUGUUAGCUUCACUCAAGAUGAAACCCAGGAGCUUCUCACCCAGGCCGAGGUGUACCAGGCUGGUUUAGAGCAGGAGCAGCAGGCUUUAACGUUCCUGGAGCAUCAACUGGAACACGCCCUGAGCUUAUCCACUUCCCAGGAUUUCAUCAGCCCUGGACCUAUAGGCAAAACCCUGGUGAAGAUCCAAGAGAAUGUCAGGAGCUUGAAAGAGAGAAACCUGCUGGUUGUAGCUGCAGCCCAGGCAGAGGAGAAAGAGAGACAGCAAUACCAAGAGGAGAUAGGAGAGGUUGAGAAACAUAUGCUCGCCAUUCUCCUGGCUCUGGAAGCAUGUUCAACUCCAAACAAAAGACAGGAGCUCAGGGAGGAUUUGUCCACCCAGAAGACCAAGCUUAAGUGUGUCAUGGACCGUGUACAGAGCCGAUAUGCAGAGAUUCCCACUGAUAUUGGAAGGCUGAUACAAGACGUUCAGCUGACUCUACAGAGAGCAGAGCAGAUGCUCAUGGAUAAGAACAGCCCAGUUGCAAAACUGGCAAACAGAGUGAUUCAGCUGGGUUCUGGUCUGGAGAAAGUGAAAGAAUUACUGGAGCAGAGAAAUCCAACAGUCAGUGAAGCACGAAAUGUCCUCAAGCAAGUGUGGGAUGAGCUGGAUAUAUGGCACAGCAGCCUGAUGCUCUUGGAGAACGAGGUGCAAGAUCUCGCAGAGGAACAUCCGGAUCAAGCCCAACUUCUCACUGACCAACUCACCCAGCCACUGCAGCUCUACCAAAAUGCAUCGCAGAUGGCUGAGCGCCACACUGCCUUCCUCAGCAAGAUCCCGGUCUGUCUUCAGGAGUUUGAAGACAUACUCAGCAGUGCCACCUGCUGGUUAGGAGAGGCCCAGUUGUGGCUCAGUACUCCCUGCUUGUUCACAACAGCCAGAAGCCUUCAGAAUCAUGCCAAGUCCUUGCAGUUGGUGCUGGAAGACUCCGAGAGGAUCAGUCACACACUUGAGGACUUCAGGCCAGUGCUAGCUGAGGUUUCUACUGUGUGUGAUAUGAGUAGCCAUGCGGAGAGACUGAACCAGACUGACCAACAAGUCCAGAAAAUGCAAUGCAAUGUCCUUGAGCCCCUGGAGCAGCUGCUGCAGGCUGUUGCAAUGGUGGAGGAGAUGGAAGCUGAACUGAAAACUAUAGAGAAGAAUAUCCCGAAAAUCAAAACGAUUUUAUCCUCUGUGGACAUCUCCAACAUUACUCCAAUGGAACAUUUUCACAACCGAGAGGUGAUCCUGGCCAAUGUGCGGUCAAUGCAGAGGACACUGGAGGAGAUAGAGAAAUGCAAAGGAGAGCUUCACAUCCCACAAGAAGCAAAUGAAAGUUUGCUGGUCUUCUCCAGAGCCAGACUACUCCUGCAGCCACUCGAGGAGCUAGAACAACUCACCCAGCAACAAGCAUCACUGCUGGAGGUACAGCACAAAAUCUGA